AGGGCAGCACCGCCCCGGCUUCACUUUCCCCAACGCGCAUGUGCAGACGCCCCACGCUAAUAGGCUUGUUUCCGCCCUCCCAGGAACCGUGGUGUCACGUGUCUCACGCUCUGCCCUGUGAUUGGCUGGACGGGUCACUCUCUGUCUCUGCGCGCCGGCUCCCCCGGAAGCGGCGACUCGAGCGGAGCUGGGGGCAGGAUGCUGGUGUUAGUAUUAGGAGACCUUCACAUCCCACAUCGAUGCAACAGCCUGCCAGCUAAAUUCAAAAAACUGCUGGUCCCAGGCAAGAUCCAGCACAUCCUCUGCACCGGAAACCUCUGCACCAAGGAGAGCUAUGACUACCUCAAGACUCUGGCUGGGGAUGUUCACGUUGUCCGAGGGGACUUUGAUGAGAACCUGAAUUACCCAGAACAGAAAGUUGUAACUGUUGGGCAGUUUAAAAUUGGGCUGAUCCAUGGCCAUCAGGUUAUUCCGUGGGGUGACACGGCCAGCCUGGCACUGCUGCAAAGGCAGUUGGAUGUGGACAUUCUGAUUUCAGGGCAUACACAUAAAUUUGAGGCAUUUGAACAUGAAAACAAGUUCUACAUCAAUCCAGGAUCAGCCACGGGAGCCUAUAAUGCCUUGGAGAUAAACAUCAUUCCUUCGUUUGUACUGAUGGAUAUCCAGGCAUCCACCGUUGUGACUUAUGUGUAUCAACUCAUUGGAGAUGAUGUGAAAGUAGAAAGAAUUGAAUACAAAAAGCCCUAAAGCAAAACGUCCAUGUCCACUGGUGCUUUUUUUUCCCGUUUCUAGGUUCUUUUUUCCUGUCAAAUCAACUAACUAAACAGUCAUGAUCCACAGACUUUAGUGCAACACUUUAUUGGACAGUUUACACACUAACACUAUCAGUUUUCACUAACUGCUGCUUAUAAACUUAUUGUAAACCAUAACAGCGUAAUUAGUUUACAGUACAUAAUUUCCAAGAACAUGUGUCACACACUGAACUAUCUUCUAUGUAUAAAAUGGCUAAGCUUGUAAAUAUCCAGUGUUACCGCAGCUGUUAAGACGGACUGAUCUCACAUGCAUGACUAGAUUGUAGUCGUUUGAGACCAAACUUGUUACAUAAAUUAUUCUAACCCUUAAUAUUUAAAUAAACACUUAUCUCCUCUA